GGAACGGAGACGGAGGCAGAGCUCGCCAUUGAAGUCGAGGGGACAGAAGGGACACGCAUCUCAUCUAAUUAAGCUGUAUCUUGUCCAGAAUCUCAAUCAUCAGGGUUCCUAUACAUUGAUCGAAUCCGAUUGCGGAUUCAGUUUUGGUAAUUCUGGGUUCGCUUUGACGUUUAGGGUUUUGUGUUGUUAUCUCUCCACGGAUGACGUCUGUUUGUCCUUUUGCCAAAUCUGCUCGUCCUGAUGAAUCUUGCCCUCGGAAGCAACGUGAAGCCGCGAGCAAAAGCUGUCCUGAACUCGAGGGCAAGGCGAAGAAGGACUGUACGGACUCCGCCACGGUUUCUCCCAAGUGCCCAUUUGGUUAUGACUCUCAAACAUUCAAGAUCGGACCUUUCAGUUGCGUGAUUUGCCAAGCACUUCUUUACGAGACCAGCAGAUGUGUGCCUUGCACUCAUGUAUUCUGCAAAGCAUGCAUUUCACGGUUCAAGGACUGCCCACUUUGCGGUGCUGACAUUGAAAAGAUUGAAGCUGAUGAAAAACUUCAGAAGAUGGUUGAGCAGUUUAUCGAAGGUCAUGCUAGAAUCAAAAGAUCUCUUAUUGAUACUGGAAAAGAAGAGGUAGAAUUAGAAAACAAUUGCAAAGAGGUGGUCUACGAGGAUGUCUCGUUGGAAAGAGGUUCUUUCUUGGUGCAGCAAGCAAUGAGGGCAUUUCGAGCCCAGAAUUUUGAAAGUGCAAAGUCAAGGUUAACAAUGUGUGCGGAAGACAUCCGGGAUCAAUUAGAGAGGAUGGGAAACACACCAGAGUUGUGUUCACAGCUUGGAGCAGUUCUUGGCAUGCUUGGAGACUGCAGCCGAGCAAUGGGAGAUUCAAGCUCAGCAGUCAAUCAUUUCGAAGAGAGUGUUGAAUUCCUUAUGAAACUGCCGAUUGAUGAUUUGGAGAUCACACACACACUUUCCGUAUCACUCAACAAAAUAGGAGAUCUUAAAUACUAUGAUGGGGACCUACAAGCUGCAAGAUCUUAUUACUUCCGUUCUUUAAAUGUCAGACGCGAUGCUAUGAAGCUUCAUCCAGAUUCUCCUUCACAGAUUCUGGAUGUGGCAGUUUCUCUAGCGAAAGUUGCUGAUGUAGACAGGACUCUACAAAAUGAAGGUGAAGCCAUCAAUGGUUUCAAAGAAGGCAUCAAGCUCUUGGAAUUGAAACUAGACUCCAAAGAUUCUGCUCUCGACCAACGACGGAUAUCGGUGCUGGAGUUUCUCAAGAGCCAAGCUGCAGAGGGGAAGCCCGACUCGGCGGAAAUCUCAUCCUGAAUCGGCUGUAUAGGCGAUUAUAUAUAUUCGUACGUAUGUACAUACUCUGUGUAUCUGUUGCCUUGGAAAAGGUUUCAGGACAGGUAAGCUACUGGUUGUGCUUCAGAACAUAAACAUGAUGGACAAGAACAAAGCUUUGCUUUUACAUCUUUUAAGCUGUUUGAAUAAAAAUAUCAAUGGAGAGUGUCCUCUUUGGUAAUU